CCCCAGUCGUCGGAGCACAAUCCGGCGCAUCAACGUCGAGCAUACACACCUUGGCUAUACAAUGUGAGCGACUCAAACAACAGCCUUUGUAUACCACCAUCUAUCCCACGGAAUUGAUCGAAAAAUCCACCCAUCUCAUGGCUCACGACCUAUCCUGACCCCCUCCCGACCACACACCACCCCGAGCGCAACUCCACCAUGCCGUCCUCGAACGCGCCGCCCAAGCGCAACGCAGCGCGCCCGCAGCCAUCGGAGCAAGCCCCAGACCUCAGCAUAACCGCGGACGACGAAGUACACCUCCACGCCUCCGGAUACAAUGAAUCCCCUGAGCGCAGCCUGGUCCACAGCAUGGCGCGCUUUCGCUCGUCGCCGCUGGACUUCAUCCGAGAGGUCUCGAUGCACGUCUCUGGCACGGGAUGGCGCUCCUAUGACGACGUGGUUGGCCAGCCCGUGUUCUACUCCGGCUUCUCGGAGCAGAUGAAGAACCGCGUGUUGAGCAACAAGAUGCUGGUCGCGAAAGUUAGGGACCUUGCGGCGAAACGGGUGGAAGUGGAGGCGCAGGAAGGGUUGCUGGGCGGUGCGGCAAGAGAUGGGAAUCAGGUUGGCGAGAAGGAUCGCAAGGCGAAGAGGAGAGUGCAGAUUGAAGAGAGUCUCAUGGAGGUCGCGGAUACUUUGACCGACCAGAUGAUCUGCAAGAUGGAGAGCAAGAGGUAUCUGCGCGGCGCAUACUAUCUAGCCACACAACUUUUGACGCGGGCAUACCAUCAAGGCGUGCACGUAUCGAGUGAGGAGGUCUUGCGACUCCGUUCUGUCGCCGAGCAAGCGGCGAGGAAGAACCAAUCUAUCAUAUUCUUGCCCUGUCAUAGGUCUCAUGUAGACUACGUGUCACUACAAAUCAUAUGCUACAGACUCGGACUGGCUCUGCCGACAGUGGUGGCAGGUGACAACCUCAACUUCCCUGUGGUCGGAUCAUUCCUACAGCAUUGUGGUGCAAUGUGGAUUCGGAGGAGCUUUGGAGAUGAUCAGUUGUACACUACGCUUGUGCAAGCCUAUAUUGACACGCUGCUCCAACAAGGUUACAAUCUAGAAUGCUUCAUAGAGGGAGGCCGAAGCAGAACUGGGAAGCUUCUGCCCCCGAAGUUCGGUAUUCUUUCUUACAUGCUAGAUAGCGUAGCAUCGGGGAGAGUUGAUGAUGCUAUCAUAUGCCCUGUGUCAACCCAGUAUGACAAGGUCAUUGAAGUCGACUCGUACAUUAGCGAACUUUUGGGCCAGCCGAAGCCGAAAGAGAAUCUCAUGGACUUCCUAUCUGCCUCUUCCGUACUUUCUUUGAAGCUUGGUAGAGUCGACGUUCGGUUCCACGAGCCAUGGAGUCUCCGUUCCUUCAUCACCGACCAACGUGAUCGCUUCAACCAGCUUCCACAGAAGCUUGACCUCAAGGAUGAGCGGCUGAGGAUCCUCCGGACCAUGGGAUACAAGGUUCUUUCGGAGAUCAAUGACGUUUCAGUGGUCAUGCCUACAGCGCUUGUCGGAACGAUUUUGCUAACGCUCAGAGGAAGAGGAGUUGGAAAGACUGAGCUAGUUCGGAGGGUGGAAUGGCUCAGUGAAAGGGUGAGGGCUCAAGGUGGUCGCGUAGCCCAUUUCGCUGGAUUGCCGACAAGCGUCGUCGUAGAGCGUGCACUCGAAGUCUUGGGUUCAGAGCUCGUAGGACUUGUGCCUGGUUUACCAGAGGAUACAUACUACGCCGUGGAUAGAUUCCAGCUAUCGUUCUAUCGGAACAUGACCAUUCACUUGUUCAUCCUACAAGCUCUGGUUUCAGCCGCCAUGUACACCAAAGUCAAACUUGGCGGCGGACCUGAGGUUCAGAGGAUAUCAUACGACGAUCUGCGCGAUCAGACACAUUUCCUUUCUCAGCUCUUCCGCGGCGAAUUCAUCUUCCCAACCGAAGGCCUCGACACGAACCUGUCCCGCACCAUCGCCAUCCUCGAAAACGACAACGUGAUCAAAGUGAGCCGCGACAAAGACCAAGUAACCUUCGUCGAGCUCAGCGACGCCGAGCGAGAAAGCGGCCGCGAGAACUUCGACUUCUACUGCUUCCUCAUCUGGCCGUUCAUCGAAUCCGCAUGGCUAGGCGCUGUCUCUCUACUAAUGCUCACGCCCCCACUGGGAUCCGGAGACAAGGAGAAGUGGUUGGAAAUGAAGAAGGUGCAAGAUAAGGCGCAACUAUUCGGCAAGACGCUAUACCACCAAGGUGACUUGAGCUACUUCGAAGCCGUGAACAAGGAGACGUUGAAGAACGCAUACACUCGAUUCGAAGAGGACGGCGUUGUGCUCGUCACGAAGCCCGUCUCGAAAGAUGCGAAGGCUCCGCCUACGAUCAAAUUGGCGGAUGAAUGGAUCCCCGAGCGUAGUUCGAGGACGGCUGGGAUCAUAGGGUCUGGUCCUCUCUGGGCGUUCGCUGAGAAAAUCAGUCUUAGUCGGAGGGAGGGCAAGAAUCGGAGAGAUGGAGCUACGGUGAUUCAUAGGGUGCUGCACUUGGCGGAUGUUGUUGGUGCACCGCUUUGGGAGGAUGCUGUUGCGGAUAUGGGCGGUGGGGAGGAGGAGACCGCAGUGCAGGUGGCAAAGGCGAAGGGGAGGCGUCGUCGCACGAAUCUUGCGGGGCAGGCCCGAUUGUAGGUCGUUGUCGGACUAACUGAUACACGUAAAUACAUACCGUCGUGCCAGAAUGUAACGAAUAUAAAGAAUCCUGAUAU